CGAAACAUAUCGUCCUGUCGUGCGAGCCGUGCCUGCCAACAGUGUGCGAGUUGUCGCCGAUAGGUCAACGUACUAAACACCACGCUUAACAACGCAAAAUAACAUGCCUGAAACGUCAGGCUACGAACCCCUCAAUGGUGGCCACGAUUCAUUAUAUGAAAGGAUUCUAUCCUCUUUUAAUGAGUCGAAAACUUUAUGGAUACUCAAAAUUCUUUUUUAUUUGUUGUUGAUCAUUCUUAUCUGUGUUUUGCUCGGCAAAGUGUCAAACUGUGACUCCAAGCCAACCGAAGCCCCUCCGACAGAACCGACCCAGCCGACGUCGCCGGUUCCAACGGAUCCAACAAAGUCCACGGGCCCGUCAAAGCCGACGCUCCCAACCAAGCCAACAGAACCGACGAAGCCUACGCUUCCAACCAAGCCAACGGAACCGACUAAGCCUUCGGUUCCCUACGGUUCCGACGAAACCGACGGAACCGACUAA